CGAAGCUCGAAUUCCCUUUCUCUCUCUGUUACCCGUUUCCCUAAUGAUGGUGGCGAUCAUGCGAUGAGAGAGAAACACGGGCACACCGCCGCCGUCAGCCUCAGCCGAGAAACACCGUCGUUGCCAUCUCCUCCUGCACCACCGCCCCGCGAAUAAUGAAUGGAGAAGGAAACGACUUUUUCCAGGAACUCCGUCUGAUCGUGGCCAUCUUCGCCGUCCUCGCCCCCAACCGUCAUGUCUCCGCCGACGACGCCGCCGUCAUGGUGAGCUUCGCGAAGUCCCUCUCCCCCGUCCCCGCCGGCUGGACGGGGAACGACCCGUGUAAAUGGCCCGGCGUGGAAUGCGACGGCCUGGGCCGCGUCAAAUCCAUCAAUCUCUCUUCCAUGUUCCUCACAGGCCGGCUACCGCCGGAUCUCAACCAGCUCUCCGCCCUGACGUCACUGAAUCUCGAAAUGAACAAACUCUCCGGCGCCUUGCCUCCAUUCUCGGAUCUCUCUGCCCUAGAGGAUCUCAACCUCGACGGCAACAAUUUCACCUCCGUAACGCCCAAUUUCCUCGCCGGCGUUACAAAUCUACGGACGAUCUGCAUCAACGACGUCCCCAGCCUCGCGCCGUGGCCGUUCCCGGAGGAAAUCACGGCAUGUUCAUCCCUCGUCAGCUUCUCAUGUACCCGAUGCAAUCUGGCGGGCCCGAUUCCGGACAUUUUCGGGUCAAUUCCAACCCUAGAAACCCUAAAGCUUUCCUACAACAACCUCACCGGCUCCCUGCCGCCGUCUCUGGCUCAGUCCGGGAUCCAGGUGCUAACACUCAACAACCAGCUCUCGGGUCUUUCGGGUCGGGUCGACGUGAUAGGGAAGAUGGAACAGGUGACCCAGAUCUGGCUCCACGUGAACAAAUUCACCGGCCCAAUCCCAGACCUGUCGAGAUCCCACUUCCUCUCCGAUCUCAAACUCCGAGACAAUCUCCUCACCGGAGUGAUCCCGGACUUCUUCUCGUCACUCCCGAAGCUCACCAACGUCUCGCUGCAGAACAACAUGUUCCAAGGCCCAAUGCCCAAUUUCCCCAAAACCGUUCAUGUGGACAUCGGAAACUCCAACAGCUUCUGUCACCCUGUUCCCAAACCUUGCGAUCCGCAGGUGAGUGUUUUGCUUGAAGUUGCCAAAGAUUUGGGGUACCCUUUGGUUCUGGCAGAUUCUUGGAAAGGGAAUGAUCCCUGCGAGGAUUGGGACUAUGUUGCCUGCGAUGUCACCGGGAAAAUCUCAGUCAUCAAUUUAUCCAAUCAUAACUGGAUUGGGACAAUAUCUCCGGCGUUGGGUAACCUCACCGGUCUCAGAGAACUGAUCUUGCAUGACAAUCAGCUCACCGGCGUCAUCCCUGAAACCCUAGCCACCUUGCCUCACCUCCAGCUUCUUGAUAUCUCAAACAACAAUGUUUCAGGAAAGAUCCCAGCUUUUUCUCACAACGUGACUGUUAAAACUGAGGGCAACCCAUUUAUUGGGGUGGAAUUGCCCAAGACAUCUCCAUUUGUCCCUGGGUUCCAGAAACCGCAAACUUGGUCCGCCCAAAAGACAGAGGAGAAGAAAAACGAGAAGAACAAGAAGAAAGGCGACUUGUCCCACGGCAUCAUCAUUGCCAUUGCCAUCGCCGGCGCCCUACAAAUUGCAGCCAUUUGUUGGGUCAUACACAACCGUUGCAACAAGAUGAGGAAAUGCAAGUGGUGGGCGAAGGAGAAAGGUAAAAACAACGGCAAUAAAAACCCCAAAGAGAAGCCCAACACUUAUUAUGAAGGUGGGAAUGUCCUGAUUCCAAUUGAAAUACUGAGGGAAGUGACCAAUAACUUCAGUGACCUUAACGUCUUAGGAAGGGGCGGGUUUGGGGUUGUCUACAGAGGCCAACUCUACGAUGGCACGCAAAUUGCCGUCAAGCGGAUGCAGUCUGUUGACAUGUUUAGCUCAAAGGGUGUCAACGAGUUCAAGGCCGAAAUUGAGGUCCUGAGCAAGGUCAGGCACAGGCAUUUGGUGGCACUCCAUGGUUUUUGUGUCAACGGGGACGAGAGGCUUUUGGUUUAUGAGUUCAUGCCACAGGGGACCUUGGGCCAGCAUUUGUUCAGGCACGAAGGAAACCAGCAACCUCUGUCGUGGAAGCAACGAGUGACGAUUGCUUUGGAUGUCGCAAGGGGGGUUGAGUACCUGCAUGGACUGGCGCAACAGAGCUUCAUACAUAGAGAUCUCAAGCCUUCUAAUAUUCUUCUUGGAGAUGGUAUGAGAGCUAAGGUUUCAGAUUUCGGCCUGGUAAAGAACGCCCCUGACGGGUCUCGCUCCUUGGAGACUAAGUUGGCUGGAACAUUUGGCUAUCUUGCACCAGAAUAUGCUGCAACAGGGAGAGUGAGCACGAAAGUGGACGUGUACUCCUUCGGGGUUGUCUUAAUGGAGAUGAUCACGGGCAGGAAGGCGCUAGACGAGAGCUUACCAGAGGAGAGAGUUCAUCUGGUCCCAUGGUUCAGGAGACAACUGGCAAACAGAGAGAAACUAAAGGCCAUCAUCGACCCUUGUCUUGAACCAGACAAAGAAACCUUCGACAGAAUGUGCAGAGUCGCAGACCUGGCAGGGUACUGCACGGCUCGCGAACCUCACCAGAGACCGGACAUGAACCACGCGGUCAAUAUCCUGUCUCCCAUGGUGGAGGAAUGGGUGCCCGCGAGCAGGGAGGAUGAAGAUGACGAAGAAGAAGAUGGUUUUGGGGCCGACUUCCGUUUGAGCUUGCCCCAAGCUUUGCAGAGAUGGAAGGCAAGUGAGGAUAGUAGUAGUGUUGUUAGUGAGGAUAUGUAUGAUAGUAGCUGCAAUUCCACAACUAUGAUGUUGGGGAGAUUGCAGCAAGGGCAUUCAAACUCAUUUAGAAAUUAGGAACUUUAAAUUCUAAUGUACAAAAAAAGAAUUGUGGAUGACGAGGCUCUUCCUGAAUUCAUACUUAGACAAAAAUAAGGUAGCUAGAUUUUG